AUGGUGCUACCAGAAAAGCCUGGCUUUCAAGUAAGCCGGGUUCCCGCGACAGAGGAAGGAGCCCGCACUAUCUGGGACAUUGAAAUAGCCGCGCAGAAUGACAGCAACAAGAAGAACAAUAGCUCGAUUGGAGAAUUACUCUGGCCAGCUCACCUCCAGCGCAAGGUUGAGGGCCCAAAGAGAGCAUCGGAUGGACAAGAUAACGAAAUCCGCCGCAUGACCCCGAUGCUUGGAGAUCCUAAAAAUAUCUACCUGUUGAUAACGGAAGAAGCCACCAACAAGCCGGUAGCAUUCGCGUGGUGGGCUCACUCUAAGGGCCAGACAACAGCCCAGUGGGCAGAGGGUUAUAGCAACCGAUAUCGCCCGCCGACCAUGAAUGGUGCCCUGAUGGAUGCUACCGGAGGUGACCUUAUCCAAUUAUAUGUUCUUCCGAAUUAUCAGCGCCAGGGACUUGGGGGUCUGCUGGUGGCGUUUGGUGUUCAUGAAGCAGAUAAACUUGGUUUACCUGCUUACAAUGAGGCAUCCCCUGAAGGGUUGGGGUUAUAUCUCAAGCAUCGAUUCAAAGAGGUUGAUCGAGUGACAGUUGACUCGGAGCUAUGGGGUGGUCCAAAGGGAGAUUUUAACUCGUAUGGGCUUUUGUAUCGUGAGGCCAGCUAG